AACAUUUUCCACUAAACACGUUUCCAUUUCCAAAUUUGAACAUUCUUUUGCUCAUAACACACACGUCUCUUUGAAUUUCAAACGUUUAAAAUUAAAAAAGCUCCUGUUUUCUUGGACAACCCAUCUUGUGUUCUUGGUUUUUCUUUAGUGGGUUGUCCCUAAUUUUCCUUUAAAAUAGAUUUUUAGGCUGAAUUUGGUGUUACAACAAGAAUGGUGGGGGCUUUUCCUGUUGUGGGCUCGUCAGUGGUUGAUUCGAACACAUGUUCAUGCCUUUGUUUGGAUGUGAUGCCUUUGAGCAAUUUGAGUAGGGUGGAAUCGGUUUUGCCUAGGAAUUCAAUGGGUCGAAAGCAUAGGCCUCGUCCAGGUUCACUGGAUUUGAGCAGCUCAUUUCUUGAUUUUUCAUCAGUGAAAGCUAUUACACGCACCAAAAAUUUGAAAAAACAUAGGAAAAUGAGGAGGGUGAUUGUUGAUGAAUUGGCUGGACAGUAUGAAGAUAAUUUUGGAGAUGUCACAUCUCAAAUUCUAGACUAUUUCACGUACAAAGCCGUGAGGACGGUCUUAAACCAGCUUUAUGAGAUGAACCCUACACAAUACCGAUGGUUUUAUGAUUAUGUUGCAACAAAUGAGCACGGUUAUGGAAAGCGCUUCCUUCGUAACCUUGGAAAGGAGAAGCACGAGCUUGCUGAAAGAGUAAUGGUUACGCGCCUUCACCUGUAUGGAAAAUGGAUAAAGAAAUGUGAUCACGCUGCAAUGUACAAAACUAUCUCGGAUCAGAAUUUGGAGUUGAUGCGAGAACGCCUCAUCGAGACUGUGAUAUGGCCGUCCGAUGACACAAACACCGAGGUAAAAGUCAAUAUUGGUACAAGAAAGUGGAAGCAACAAGAGAAAAACCAAGAAAAAGAGUGAAAUCCAAAAGUUGGGGACCAAGUUGUAACAA